UGUCUCUUAUAUUGAUAGUGAAGUUAUAUUAUAUAUUGUAAUAGUGGGAAUUGAUGAAAAAAUUAAUAAAUGAUAUUAUAAUACGUUUUUCACACACUGUGAUUUUUCAGGUUGUAUUAUAUAAAGGACAUUCAACUGUAAGAUAACCUGUACAAGAUGGCAACUAUGAAUGGUGUGUCUAAUGGUGUGGAGAAUAGAGCAAGCAAUGGUGUAUUGAAGAGAGGUCAGCAAGAGACAAACGGUCACUCACAACAUAGUGCUGCUAAAAAACUCACAGCAACUAACGGUGCAACAACUAACGGAGCCACAGCAAAGAAUGGGGAAACAAUUCCUGGCAAGUCAGAUCUUGAGUUCUUAAGAAACGUGGUUGACCUUGUGAUACAAGAUGGGCUGAUUGAUGCAAUGGAUAGAGACACACGUGUAUGUGACUUUCAUCAACCAGAGACACUGAAGGCAAUGCUAAAGGAACUGAAGAUUACAGAUGAACCUGCCAGUGAAGACAGGCUGUUGAACAUGUGUAAAGAUGUUAUACAGUACAGUGUCAAAACAUCCAACCCCAGGUUUUACAAUCAGUUAUAUGGAGGUAUGGAUCAGUACACGCUAGGAGGUGCAUGGAUAACAGAGGCUCUAAACUCCAGUCAGUACACGUAUGAGGUAGCCCCAGUGUUUACACUAAUGGAGAAAGAGAUUUAUAGUAAAAUGCUGCACUAUAUUGGAUUUGAUGGCGGUGAUGCUAUCUUUGUGCCAGGUGGAUCUAUGGGCAACUUGUAUGGAAUGAAUGUUGCAAGAUAUACCAAAUAUCCUGAAAUUAAAACAAAAGGAUUGUAUGCUAUACAAAAACCUCUAUGUGUAUUUACUUCUGAAAAGGGUCAUUAUUCAAUCAAGAAAAGUGCUGCUAUGAUGGGAUUAGGAACAGACAAUAUAUUCUCUGUGAAGUCUGACAAGAAAGGCAAAAUGAUUGCAGCUGAUCUAGAUGAUCAGAUUAAUAAAGCUAUAGGACAGGGUUAUGAGCCAUUCUUUGUAAAUGCUACAGCAGGAACAACUGUUCUAGGAGCUUAUGAUCCUCUAGAUGAGAUAUCUGAUGUUUGUAAGAAGCACGGGCUCUGGUUGCACGUGGACGGCGCGUGGGGCGGAAGUGCAGCUAUUUCUAAAAAGUACAGGAGUCUUAUGAAAGGCAUUGAAAAGGCAGACUCUAUGACAUGGAACCCACAUAAAAUGAUGGGAGCACCUCUACAAUGUUCAAUGUUCCUCACAAAACAUCCGGGUGUAUUACAAGAUUGUCAUUGUGCUAAUGCCCGGUACCUGUUUCAACAAGACAAGAACUAUGAUGUCUCGUAUGACACCGGUGAUAAAUCUCUACAGUGUGGUAGAAAGAUAGAUGUGUUCAAACUAUGGAUGUUAUGGAAGGGGAAAGGAGAUAGUGGCAUGGAGAGAGAUAUAGAUCAUCUGUUUAUGUUGUCAAGAUAUUUAUCUGAAAAGUUAAAGAAGACACCAGGGUUCAGACUUAUACAGGAUCCAGAGUGCACUAAUGUAUGUUUCUGGUAUAUACCACCUAGCUUGAGAGGUCAACAGGAGACCAAAGAAUGGUGGGAUAAACUUGCCAAGGUUGCCCCAGCAAUUAAAGCCGGAAUGAUGCAGUGUGGUUCGAUGAUGAUCGGAUAUAACCCAGACGGAGAUCUCGUCAACUUUUUCAGAAUGGUUCUCUCAAAUUUUGACACAACAACAGAAGAUAUGGAUUUCCUCGUGCAGGAGAUAGAUAGACUAGGCCGUGAUUUGUGAUUGCAAAAAAAACCCUAAAGAUAAGAAAAAAAGAAAAACAGUGAUAGUUUUAAGGUUGUUUCUAUAUAUGUAACUAAAUCAACAUAGUGCUACUCAUGUUAUUUCACUAGUCAAAACAUUAUAGUGAAGAUCUCUAUCUAUACCUGCAUUGAUAUUUUGGAUACUUUAA